UUCACCGACGCCCGUCUCUCGGAGGCAAUUUUAAACCAUUCGCCCUUGUCUCCUCUACUCCUUUGGAGUCUCGGGUUUUUUUUUUCUUUAUACAUGUAUAUAUACGCACGUGGUUCGGACCGGCCGAGCGGAAGGAGGAUUUAGCACCUUCGCCAAGGCGAGUCGCUGUUGAAAUGUACCUCCGGGGGUUGUAAGGGUUUUUUCUGCUCGUCUGCGCGGGAAUUUGUCACUCAGCGCAGAGGGGGACGGUGAGGGGAUAGGUCGUACAUGGAGAGACAUGCUCCCCAAGCAAGCCUGAACAACCCCCCAAAAAAAUCCAAAGCGGCGGGGCAGCCAGGCCGAACAACAGUCGGUACGGGGUAACGAUUGAAGCAGCCUGAUCAAGAGAAAACACGCCCCGGUCAUCGACGGACGUGGACUUGAGCGUGUAGAGAAACCGCCGCCAUCGGAAAAACAACCUGUUUCCUGUUCAUCACACUUCACCAAAGGCUUGGGAUGUUGAUCUGCGUGUCUACAGGACCCACGCCUCCACUGACAAGCAAGACACUGUGAGAGAAUGGUGUAGGUGAACCCGGAGCCAGACCUCCAGCAAAAUCAGUCUUCGCUGACCGUCUUGUGAGGGAGAACCCCAUGCAGCUUGUCAUUACAGUCGGCACUGACUAACCUUAUCAACCGCCCGGGCCGCCCAAGAGAUAGCGAUACCCAACAAGACAACAUAACUACUGUGCGCUCACGCACCACUGUUUUGACACCGAGCUGUCGUGUGGAGGGCAAUACGUGCAUGCCAGCAUCGCAAGGCCGUUGCCCGAGCUUCGAGCGGCAUCGUCUGUGUUGACCUGCCGGGUCCUGCGGCCUGCGUCCCGGUACCCCUCGUUGUCUCCAGCGCCCUGGUGCAAAUUUACACAGCGAUCGACACGGCUCUGCAAAUCUCUCAUGAAAAGCAUUACGGAUUUCGCCAGUGACAAGGAGGGGAGAAACAGGUCUGGUAUUAUCGGGAACAUCUGCUGUUUCGCGUUGAUUUCGGGAUUUUCCGUGACAUUUGCUUGAUUUUAAAGAAUACAGAUUAUCCCUAAACUUCGAUCAAAGUUUUGGAAACGAAACCAAGCUCCAAGCGAAACAGAACCUGCAGCAGACACCGAGGGGACGGCGAAAGAAACAGGAGCCCUAAAAGUUGGUCCUUUUGGCUAUGGAUUUGAAUCAAACGGAUCAAAACCCACUGUCUCCAAGAGCAAACCGAUUCAGCAUUGCUUCACUGAUCUCUCCCGAGGAGCGCGGCGAGGCCGAGGAGGCUCUAGCAGCCGUGAACGGGGCCAGCUGCACGGGCGUCUCGCUGCAGAGCACGGGCGACACGUCACUCGUGGACGCGCUGGAACACACGGCUGGGGAGUGGGGGUUGAGAUACACCUCUGACCUACACACGAAUGGAAGUUCCCGGUAAGAACCAGGAAGGGUACGACGACGCUUGCACCAACGCUCGCUCCUCCAGCCCACAGAUCAUCAGCGACCACUGCAAGGAGAGCAGCAUGGACCAGAUGACCAAGCUGUCCGGCUCGGCCUCCGACACCUCCUCCAUGAACGGAGACAGGGAGCGGGUCCGGAGCAGCGACGGGGGAGAGGGCGCGGAGGACGCCGAGGACGGCCAAGGGGUCAAACGGCGGCGCCUGGACGAGAAGCCCCUGAGUGCCAAGGUAGUCACGGUGGAGGUGCGGCUGGAGAUGAAGGCCCUGUGGGACGAGUUCCACUCGCUGGGCACUGAGAUGAUCGUGACCAAGGCGGGCAGACGAAUGUUUCCGACGUUUCAGGUCAAGAUCUCGGGAAUGGAUCCCAUGGCGGAAUAUAUACUCAUGAUGGAUUUUGUCCCGGUAGACGACAAGAGGUACCGGUAUGCCUUCCACAGUUCAAGCUGGCUCGUGGCGGGCAAGGCCGAUCCGGAGAUGCCGGGCCGUAUCCACGUCCACCCGGACUCGCCGGCCCGGGGCGCUAUGUGGAUGAAACAGAUCGUGUCCUUCGACAAACUCAAACUGACCAAUAACCUGCUGGACGAUAAUGGCCACAUUAUCUUGAACUCCAUGCACCGCUAUCAGCCGCGGUUCCACGUGGUGCACGUGAGCGGUCGGAAGGACUUCGACGACGCGCCGGAGCGGGACUUCAAGACGUUCAUCUUCCAAGAGACGCAGUUCACGGCCGUGACUGCUUACCAGAACCAUCGGAUAACUCAGCUGAAAAUUGCGAGCAACCCAUUCGCGAAGGGAUUCAGGGAAUGCGACCCGGACGAUUGUAUUCGGGCAUCGUCUGGUCUUGUCAACACACACCAAGGCUCAAGUAUUAUUGAGAUACUUCCCCACAGCAAUGGCCCAAGGACACGGAACCAUCACCGUCCCAGCUCCCUACAGAUCGUGGGCAUCAGCCGGAGUAGGCCCCUCACACACCGGCAACAGACAAACGAACAAAAUUCUGAAGCGAAUCGUGGUACAACAGCCGCCUCGGUGUCCCCUCCCAUGACAUCAGAGCCCUCCAACACCCUUCCCAGCUCGCAGCUGGUCAACCCCAACCCCAGCUUCCCCGACCUGGGCCAGUCGCCGAUGACCAACGGCACCUGCGCGGCGGACACCUACCCAACCUACCACCCGGACAACCAGUACAGCUACGGUCCCAGCUGCUACUUCCGGUCCAACACGCGGCCCACCCCGUACUCCCGCGACGUGUCGUACAUGAGGGACACGCGGUACUGUGGUAACGGCCUGGGUUACAUGGGGCGAACGAACCCGCAGUUCGCCUACGACCCCUCCACCAUGAUGGGUGGGAUCGAUCCGCGGAGGAACUACACCCAACACAUGGUCUGAUGACUACCGGAACUGCUUUCGUACAGUAUUCAUACGAACUAUGAUUACAAAAAGAGAUAUGAUGGCUAUUGUAGAUACCGCCGUUUGCUCGCGCAAUAAUCAUGGCAACCAUUCGGGGAAACCAUCUUAUCAACAAUUAUUAGUGAUAGUCGAAAAAAAGUUCCAUUCACAUUUUUCAACAAAAGAAUAUAUUAUUAUAAAGGUCUUGCAUUUUCUUAAAAUAAAUCUUAUGGCCUAAUAUACAACAUAGAAAUAACAUUCAAAAUUACAUUAAUUGGGGAUUCUUCAAUCAGAGAGUAAUGCAGGUUUAUGUUAUUCGUUUUGAUUGGUCUUCAACCCAAGCACGUGACUUUGAAUGGUUUUAACAGACACGCCAAGCAAUAUUUCGGCUUUAUUCCUUGAAUUAGAAUGUGUUAACAUGUCGAGCGAGUGCUAUUGAACAAGAACCUUUACCUAGUUUGUUUUUGAAGGUCUUGAAGCGGUUAAAUGCAAAAUAAAUUGAGUAUUAUCAGUCGUGGACCAUCUGCGCCAGUUACGCUCCAUGAUAACAGAAUUUCCUCCAGAGGUUUCGAUUCAGUUGCCAUGGGAAUUGGCGAGUCACAGCAGCUGUUUUGCUGGACGGCCUAUUCCGUUAAAAAAAAAUGUGCGAUCAACUGCGAAGUGCCAAGCUGGUGCAUGCAUGUUGGCAGGAGAAGUAAGUUUGGGGGAAAGGAGAAGUUUUAGGCGAUGACACCCCAGAGAACCGGUCGACUUUUGUUUGGGACAACUCCACGCCGAGCCCGACUGGUGAUAUUGGGACGUGUGAAGUGUGGUUGGAUAUUAUUCGACCAGAUUUGGUUGAGUUAGCACGCAGACGGUGAACCUGGAGCCAAUGUCACGGAGAAAGAAAAAAGCCGCGCGGCACGAGGGAACCAGGCGAGACUGGAAGCACGAAUCGACGGGUGAAGAAUCACUUCGCACCCGGCGCCUUAUCAUCAUCAUCAGGAUCGUCAUUAGCAUCAUCGCCCGUCGUCUUCAUCCGUCCCGUCAUCAUCGACUGCCAUCCAUCCACCUCUUAAGUCAGGCACGGCCAGCACGUGAUUAGGAGUCCAACACACUCAGCCACCCGUUGACAAACACGGAUUGUACAUGUAACUUCUCCGGCCAGAGACAGCACAGUCCCCGCGUCGUUGCGGUGCGCCGUGUAUCAAGAUUGAUCGGGGCCGGGACUGAGCCCCUAAAGCCCCCUCUGGCAAGAAGGGCUUCUCUACGGUAAUGUUUCGCAGUCGUCGCUCUUUUUCUGCAGUCGUCUUCUUCUUCUUCUUCUCGAUCGUAUAGCCGGGGGACCCGACGAAUUCUGAUUACUUCCAAACCGGGCUCGACCAUUUGUGCGAGGCGUGGAGUGAUUGGGCUCGGGCCUCGAGCCGCAAGCGCUCGCUCUAACUUUGGUUACCGUGACUGCUGUAAAUUUGGGGUCUCGCGGCGUCUGAGUUUGUUGACCGGAACUUGCCGCUGCCACAUCAUAUUGUCACGCCCUUCAAGCACUGGAAAAGCCCAACUCGGCAGCGAACAUCCAAAUGAAGUCAACAACUGCAUGCUAUUACGUGUCAAUCAAUAUUUUAUAUCCUGAAACUCCAUUGGUGUUUGAGUUUCUCUUACAUGUACAUGUAUAUCGUCGCAAUAUUGUAUGCACAUUGCCACGCCUCUACUGAAUAAUGCAUGACAGAGAAAGCAAAGAAGUGCAAAAUUUGCCGUGAUUGGCCGUGUCAGUAAGAAUUAAGAAUGAACCUGAGACUGUGUUCUCACAGGGGCAAAACAGCCAAAAUGUACAAAAGUUGAAAAAAAAAGAGCGGGUCAAAAUUAUUCUUAAGUUAAGGUGGUUAUCAGAUGCUGAGACCAGAUUUAUUCAAGUUGUUUCAUUUUGGUUGGACGUUUGUAAGUUUAAGAGUGGUUAUAAGUGUCUGUAGUCCAUCAUAAAAUCAGAACUAAAGCAUUCAAAAAGAAUGAGAUCCAACUUGGACUGAUAGUCCUGGUGUUAAUCUCCAUUCGAACUGUUUUGUGAAGGAUAUUCAGUCUAACUAAAGAUGCAACUUGUAUAGAGGUUAUUUUCUAUUUUCGUUUUAUAUGAGAGAAUUUUUCAAGCCCAAAUUUGGGCGAUACAGUGUACAUAAUUUGAAACUUGUACAGAAAUGUAAUUAUGUUUGCCAAAAGAGACGAGCCAGUCUGAAUAGGAGUGACGUGAUAUGCAAAAUAGACUACUGGCGUCACCGUCGUCUUGCCGGUCAUAUUCAGCCGGCGACAUCCCGCGACGCCACACUUUGAUUGGCGCAUGCCGUCGUUUUGUCAUUUAAACACCACGGAAUGUUCUUGGAGCCUAAUCCAUCAAAAUCUGUCAAUACAAUUACCUUUUCAAGAUGAAUUACUUCUCAGGAAUAUGACCUGUUCUUGGUGUAAUAGCACAUCAUCUGUUGGCAGCAACGGUUCGAAAGGUAGACUACGCCAUUGACCGGUAUUCGUUUGACAAAAAAAAAACAACAACUUAGUCGAACUUAACAUCGAUUAAUUCUUUCUUGGUUUGAAACGUGUGCUUUCACUACGUUUCUUGAUGUCAUCUUGACGAGAAUAUUGUAACUUUAUGAUCUCCGAGAGGACAAAUUUAGAUAAACUGAGGCAGUGAUCUUUGGGCUAAAUUUCGCCUUUGAAAUCAGAAACUUUUGAUUCUUAAUUGGAUAUUUUUGCACUCAAGGAGCUCGUCUUUUCUUGCACAUCAGUUCUGAUGUCUGUAAAACGCUGGAAGGAACGCAUGACUGACAUUUUAUAUAAAAAGAACCGAUGUACCUUUCCUUGUGCACAAAUCCAUUCCCGAAGAAAGAAAGACAGAAACAAACAUACUUUUUCAGAAUCGAGAUAUACCAUUCUAUUCAUCGUUCUACCGAAUAAUUGUCUUCAAAUAAACUUGUUCCCAAUUGUAUAACAUAAAAUUCAAAAUGUAUGUCAAAUAACAUAUCAUGAGUCCAGCACAAAUGUUUAAGAAGAAAAGAUUUGUAAUGAAGAAAAAAAAGAUUGGAUGUCGUAUUGCGUAGUUCUGUAACAAAUACUUUUAUUUAUACUUUAGCAGGCUCAGCAGUACUGAUUUUGACCGAGCAGUAAACAACUUGAUUGAUUCCUUUUACAAAUUAGUGUACCAAUUGCUUUAAACAAAGAUAACAGAGAGUCAGCAGUCCUGCCAAACCUGUCACACUGCCCUAAAAUGGUAUAUCCGUGCAAUGACCCCCACUGUCUCAUUCCCACGCGGCUAAAAAAAGACUUAAAUAUCUCGUCGGUCUCAUUUUUUUUUCGUUGGUUGCCCCAAUCGGGCAGAUGGUCUGUACUUUGACAGAUUCCAUCAAGAAGCCCGUUAGAUAUUCAUCAUAUGAAUGAUCUGCUCACCGAGGAAAGCAUGGACAGAAAAGACAAGAUUAUAAAGAGACCUUUCACCAUUGUAUUAACAGUCAUGGCAAAGCUGUGUUCAAGCUCUGUGUACACUUUCGGUAAUCAAAGGUGUCAAAGAGUUCUCUUUCACUAGAUGUAUUUUUGUUGAAUGAAUAAAAACCUUUAUAAACGUCAGAACUGCAA